GUAGGACAUAGUAGCGGCGAGCAGUAAGGGAAAUGAUCAAAGCGUACACACCUUCCCUGGAUUGUUUGUCAAGGACUAACAUGUCUUCUCUCAACAAAAAAACAAAAAACACCUUUAGGGAAGCGUUCUGUCUCAAUUAUCGUUUUGGAAACUAACUGCCGCGUAAAAAGCCUGUGUUUUUUGACGACGUUAACCGUAGGCACACAUUCCUUCUCACGCAGUCACCUUCCUCAACCAACUCCCACGUCACAUGGGACCUUGUCAGCCAGUGGUAAUGUUAUGUCCCUUAGAAGGAAAAGGCUGUGUGGACACUCGACACCUGCAGACUGACAUUUCAUUUCAGAAUUGGUUCAAAUGAGGUUAAGCGGUACUGAUGAUAGCCAGCAGGGGGCAGAGAGAACGCAGCCAAAAAAGAGACGCUGGUGUCGCCCCAGCUGCCUUGGCCUGUUUCUGUUCCUGGUCGUGAUGAUGAUUGUGGUCUCCCUGGAAAUCGACCUCAAAGAACUGUCAUCUAUCUGGAGCUACACCUGGUGGAGGGAAAACCGGACCUCACCUUCAACAACCAAUCUAGCAGCAAACAUGUCAGUUGCGAUUCAGGAGAAAUACCAUGUAGAAUACCCACAUGAGUACUCCUUCAUCAUGGAUGAGCAGGUGAAAUGCCGGGAGCAGAACCCCUUCCUGGUUCUGGUGGUGCCAGUGGCGCCCUAUAACAGGGAGGCUCGUGACGCUGUCCGCAGUACUUGGGGCAGUGAGAGGCAGGUACUGGGAAAAGAGGUGCGUCUGUUCUUCCUGCUGGGACUGCCCAGUGGAGAGGGGACAGAGCAGCUCCAGGAGAAGGUGCUGCAGGAGAGCAAAGAGCACCAGGAUCUGCUGCAGAGCGACUUCAUAGACAGCUACAAAAACCUGACCAUCAAGACCAUGAUGACGAUGGAGUGGCUGAGCUCUCGCUGCCCCAACGCCUCCUACGCCAUGAAGAUCGACUCAGACAUGUUCCUCAACGUGCACAACCUGGUUUACAUGCUGCUUCUACAUUCUCCCAAGCAGAACUACAUGACUGGACAAGUGGCAAUUGGUGCAGCGGUUCUUCGGGACCCGAGCUCCAAAUGGUACCUUCCUCAUGAGGCUUUUCCUGAACCAGUAUACCCACCUUAUGCUCUGGGCCUGGGCUAUGUCUUCACCUUAGACCUCCCCAGGAAGCUGGUGGAGGCGUCCAGGCACGUUAAAGCCAUCUACAUAGAGGAUGUGUAUCUGGGACUGUGUAUGAGACACCUGGGCAUCAGGCCUGCUAACCCCCCCAGUUGGAGACUUUUUCUGGGGUACACAGGUGCCCAGAAUCGCUGUUACUACAGCUCUGUCAUCACGACCAUCCUCUCGACUCCUCAACAGCUACUGGACAUAUGGAAAGACUUGAAGAAACUUGGGCCUGCCUGUUGAAACAUCACAGGCUGGUUUCCCGGACCCAGAUUAAGACUAUUCCCAGAAUAAACAAGCACUUUCAAUGGAGAUUCUGUGUCUCGGAAAUCUCUUUUCCAAACAUUCUCACAGAAAUAAACAGAUAGCACUGCACCUUAUCCAUACAUGUAUAGAGACAGUGGGUAUCAUGUGUAUUCACCCCCCUUUGGAUUUCUUCACAUUGUGUCGUGUUACAAAGUAAAAAAUGGUCCUUUAUUGUCAACGAUCUACACAAAAUACCCUGUAAUGUCCAAAUCUCAAAAAUAUUUGAAAAUUUCUUAAAUAUUAAUGAAAAUUUAAACACCAACAUACCUUGAUUAGAUAAGUCUUCACCUGCCAGAUUCAAUACAUGUUAGAAUCACAUUUGGCAGUGAUUACAGCUGU